ACUCCGCCCGUCUAUUCGGAAGCCUCUGACCCUAAAACAUGCGCACCUCUGUUUGAUUCCUCAGUUGUUACCUGUGACGCUAAGCUGACAACACAAGCGCUGUCUUUUGUCUUUCAUUGUCGUCGUCGGUCAAACAAGUUAACCAUGACGCAAGUGAACAGGUGCCUCAAGUUAACCCUCAUCGUGUCCAACGUCUUCUUCGCGAUAGUGGGCGGCCUCAUCAUCUCCCUUGCUCUGCUGCUGCAAGUGCUCACCCACUUCAAUGGAGCCGCACUGGAAGGCCGUGGCACCGCUCUGGUCAUGCUGUACGUGGUGGGCACCAUCACCAUGGUGAUCGCCGCUGUGGGAGCGUAUGGAGCGCACCGCCAGAGCCGCCCUGCGCUCAUCGUGUUCCUGGUCUGCAUGGUCAUCGGAAGUCUGCUCAUGCUGCGUGUCGGCAUCCCUGCUGCCGCCGUGCGUCCUCAGUUGGAGGGGUUGAUGAAGGACACGCUGAGUCAGAUGCUGCCAUUGGAUGCAACCAGUCAGGAGAACAAGGACAUCGCCAACGGUGUGCAGGAAAUGCUGCAAUGUUGCGGCCUCUUCAGCUACGACGACUGGCGCCAGAACAUUCCCGACUCAUGUUUGUGUGACGGCGUGGCCCAGAGGGAGGGGAAAUGUCAGACUGUCAACUACAACAUGCUGAUGCUGCAGAUGAAGAAGUUGGUCUACGCUCAGCCGUGCUUCCCGCUCAUCGCUCACUACGUCCUCAUGAUGGUCGACGUCGUCAUCGGGGUCGUCUUCGUGUUGGCCAUUUUGGCGCUACUGGGCCUGACGCUGUCGUCCAUCAUGAUCCAUCAGCUGCGUGCCGCCAACCGCCCCUCGGUGGUGAUGGUGGUGCCCAGCAUCUUCAAGGCAGCGCCCCCCAAGUACCAGGAGCUGCACAACCCGCCCGUUUACUAGGCCAUGCCUCCUUGCUUUUUUUGCGCUCCCUUUUCCUUUUAAGGCCAAACAGGCAUGUAGUGACAAAGUGCCUUAAAUCACUGAUGCACUGGCGCUCAGGCAGAGAAGCCUGCGCCCCCAUUUUCUUCUGCGGUGAAAGGGAUGGUGUGUGUGUGUGAGAAUGUGACAAGUUUGUUGCUGGGGGGGGGGGGGGGGGAUUUCCAAUGCUACUGUUAAGAUUCUUUGAUUUCAAACAAAUGUACUUGAGGCCUUUUUGUUUAGUAAACUGUAUUUGCUGUUACCUUAAAAGUGUGUUGUUCUUCCUGGAAAUAAAGGUGAGCAGUCAUUCUCUGCAACUGCAAAAUGCACAACACCUGACUCACAGCUGUGACGUCACAUUUGGUCUUUGCCGCCCUCUGCUGGCCACAGCACAACACAUGACACUUGUUUUUUUUCCCCCCAAUAAUCCUUUAAUAUUGUUAGCACUUUUAAAAAGUCAGAUGAAACUUUUUUUCCCCCCAAUAAUCCUUUAAUAUUAGCACUUUUAAAAAGUCAGAUGAAACAAAGCCUUUUAAGAGUUGAGCAUGCACAUGUCCACGGUGGUAAACAAGACACGAGUCGCAGACGGCCGGGCGUAUGGAAAACGUGUCAAAAUGGCCCCGGUGGCUUGUCAGAAGCGUCGCUUUUUAAAUGGAGAGGUUUAAAAUGCAGCAGAGGGUGAGGAAGCUGUCAGAUGAUGUCAUCCAACCAACAACGACAAACGCCAGGCAGGAAGUGAUGUCAUGAUGCUGACCAUUAAUUACUACUUUUACUUUGAAGAGCACAAUGACAAUUUAACUCAUUAAAUAAGACUUCCCAUGAGAGACUGUGUGCGCGUGUGUUAGCCAGAUGAGCAGCAUCCUCCAGUGGGUGUGGCCUGAGGCUCAUCAUCAACAAUCUGUACGCCCCGCCUACUCGAUGCCAGCUGGCUUCCUCCGUUGCCCUUCGACCUCUCGUCAGCCUGAGCCGCCUCCAUCAUUCCUGUGUGAAGUCACAUGACUCGUCAGAAACACGAGGAGUGGCAAGAAGUCAUGGAGGUGUCUAAACCACACAAGUUAGUCCUGGCGGUGCAAGACCACACUUUCAAGCGCACGCACCUCCCAGCCUGGCUUAUCCAGAUGGAGCAGAACAGAGUAACCAUUCAUGUUGAGUCAACGCUUAACCCUCUACUUGAAAGCUGCUCCCCUUCAGCUUUGGUUUGUUGCUCUUGGUGAGGACCUGGGAUCAUUUAUUCAUCUGUCAGCCAUCAGAAGGAUCUGUCUGUUUCUUAGUGUAACCGGAAUAACCUGAAAUACUGCGUACUCUUCAAUUUUUAAACGGUGAAUGGAGACAUGGACUCUUUAACCUGAGAGGCAUCUUCACUUCUAAAUAUAUUAAGUGCAGCGUCUACCUAUUUAUAUCUCCGGGGGUGGUCACAGUAGGGUUGUGGUGGCAAAACAGCUCGAUAGUAGCGGCCACUCUUGCCAGGGAAUGAGACCAUCUUUGGGGGAGAGGUGUCAGGAUGCGUGGACAUGGACAUGGUUGUCCUGAAAGGAACGUCCCUUCUUGCAAAUGGACUGCUGACUCUAGGCAAGAAAGAAUGGCUCUCCAGUGGUUCUCUGCAUCUGUAUAAGGGUCGCUUGGU